AUGCCCCCUAAACGCUCAGAUGCAGGCCCGAGUAGCACACGCAGGAGGAAGAUGAAAGAAGGUGUUGGUGGUGGUGAUCAAAGCUUAGUGCCAGCGGCAACCGGGGGAACACCUCCUCUUCCUCUGCCGGCGGGGGCAACUGUUCGAUACUUCCCUCUCCAUCACCAGCCUCCUUUUACGUCCACAUGUCCACCUCAAACAACAGCCACCAGCCAACGGGUUUUCACUCUUCUUCAGUGUGUUGUGCAGGGGGAGCAUUUCAAAUGCGUCUUAGCGGAGAUGCAGCGGAGGCAAUACGAUGCGGUGGUGCACGAGGCGGAGGAGAAGGCCGCCAAGAAAGUCAAAGAGAAAGAGUUGGAACUCAACCAGGUGGCCCGCAAGAUCCUGGGCUAUGAACACAGGGAAGCCCUGUUCCAGAAGGAGAACCAGCUUCUGCAGAGCAAGCUCAAGUACUUGGAGGAUACGAAUGCUUCUCUGAGGGCGGCUCUCCAAGAGGCUCUCCUCCGGGGGGGUAAAGCGGAGGAGACUGGCGGGAGCUCGGAGGUCCAGCAAGAUGAGGCCGAGUCGUCCCACGUGGGCCGGCACCGGCUGGCGGAGGAGGUGGAGCCCAUCAAGUUGGCCUGUAGGGCCUGCGGGAAACGAGUCGCCACCGUGAUGACGUGGCCGUGUCGCCACGUUAGCACCUGCACCCGCUGCGAUGAGACCACCAAAGCCUGCCCAGUUUGUGGGUCCAUUAAGACCACCAGUGUUGAGGUGCGUCUUCCGUAG